CAUGUAUGUGAGUCGGCUCUCAAUCCGAACCGAUUCAAAGUGCCGACUCCUUUACAAACGACACCUCGUUAGUUGUCACUAAACCGGACACGAUUUUGAACCGGGUGGUGACACAACACUGACAGGUUUGAAUCCAGUUGUGUCAACCAUCAGCAAUGGCCUUCAGUAAAGGAUAUCGCGUUUAUCACAAGCUGGACCCGCCACCUUACAGCGUGAUUGUAGAAACAAGAAGUCGUGAAGAAUGCUUGAUGUUCGAGUCUGGAGCUGUGGCUGUACUGUCGGCUGCAGAGAAGGAAGCUGUCAAGAACUCCUACACCAAGAUGCUGGAUGCUUAUGGGAUUCUUGGGGUUCUUCGCCUUAAUCUCGGAGACUCCAUGCUGCACAGUCUGGUGUUAGUAACUGGAUGCAGUUCUGUGGGGAAAGUGCAGGAUUCAGAAGUGUUCAGGGUCACAGCCACAGAUUUCAUCUCCCUAAAGAACGAUCCUUCAGAUGAGGACAAGAUUGCAGAGGUGCGAAAGAUUUUAAACUCUGGCAACUUUUAUUUUGCCUGGUCAUCCACUGGAGUGAGUAUGGACCUGAGUCUGAAUGCACACCGCAGGAUUCGAGAAGACACUUCAGACAAUCGCUUCUUCUGGAAUCAAUCCCUGCAUCUGCACCUAAAGCAUUAUGGAGUGAACUGUGAUGACUGGCUGUUGAGGCUGAUGUGUGGUGGAGUGGAGAUCCGCACCAUCUACGCUGGCCACAAGCAGGCCAAAGCCUGUGUCAUCUCUCGCCUCAGCUCUGAGAGAGCAGGCACACGUUUCAAUGUGCGCGGCACCAACGAUGAUGGCCAGGUGGCCAACUUUGUGGAAACCGAGCAGGUGAUUUUCCUCGAUGAUACAGUCUCUUCUUUCAUUCAAAUCCGUGGAUCUGUACCCUUGUUCUGGGAGCAGCCAGGCAUACAGGUCGGUUCCCACCGUGUCAAGCUGUCUCGCGGAUUUGAGGCCAACGCCCCGGCUUUUGAGAGGCACUUUACAGCGCUGUGGAGGCUCUAUGGAAAGCAGAUGAUCAUUAACCUGCUGGGGAUGAAAGAGGGGGAGCACAUGCUCAGUAAAGCAUUCCAGAGUCACCUGAAAGCCUCGGAGCAUGCAAGCUCUGUGAAGAUGAUCAACUUUGACUACCACCAAAUGGUGAAAGGAGGAAAGACAGAGAAACUAUUGACUGUGCUGAAACCACAGAUAAGCAAGUUCCUGGAUGACUGUGGCUUCUUUUGUUACUCUGCGGAGUCUGGGAUUGAAAAAUGUCAGACUGGGACUCUUCGAGUCAACUGUUUGGACUGCCUGGACAGGACAAAUAGUGUCCAAGCCUUCUUUUCACUUGAGAUGUUGCCCAUGCAGCUGGAGGCCAUGGGUCUUACAGAGAAGCCCCAGCUGGUGGCACGUUUUCAGGAGGUCUUUCGCACCAUGUGGUCAGUCAACGGAGACUCGAUCAGCAAGAUCUACGCUGGCACAGGUGCUCUAGAUGGCAAGGCUAAGACGGGAAAGCUGAAAGACGGAGCUCGCUCAGUCACCAGGACCAUCCAGAACAACUUCUUCGACAGUUCCAAGCAAGAAGCUAUAGAUGUUCUGAGGCUGGGCAGUACUCUAAACAGUGACCUGGCUGAUAAAGCUAGAGCUCUCCUCACCACCAGCAGCCUGUAUGUCUCUGAGCCCAUUUUACAAUCAGCAUCUCCCAGAGUGUUGCUGGGCAUGUGUCAGAACCACCAGAAAUACACUCGGCCUAAAAAGAUCCGUGUGUGUGUCGGGACAUGGAACGUCAAUGGGGGCAAACAGUUCCGUAGCAUCGCGUUUCGGAAUCAGACCCUCAACGACUGGCUGCUAGAUGCACCAAAAAAAGCAGGCCACCCCGAAUUUCAAGACAGUAGAUCCCCGCCUGCAGACAUCUUUGCCAUUGGCUUUGAGGAAAUGGUGGAGCUGAAUGCUGGCAACAUUGUCAGCGCAAGCACCACCAAUCAGAAGCUGUGGGCAGCAGAGUUGCAGAAGAGUAUAUCUCGGGAUCAUAAAUACGUGCUCCUGGCCUCAGAGCAGCUGGUGGGAGUCUGUUUAUUCAUCUUCAUUCGGCCCCAGCAUGCUGCUUUUAUCAGAGAUGUUGCGGUAGAUACAGUCAAGACUGGAAUGGGUGGUGCCACUGGGAACAAAGGGGGUGUGGCUAUCCGCAUGCUCUUCCACACUACCAGUAUCUGCUUUGUGUGCUCGCAUUUUGCUGCCGGCCAAUCACAGGUCAAGGAGAGAAAUGAUGACUACAAUGAGAUCACUCGCAGGCUGUCAUUCCCUAUGGGUCGUCUGCUUUACUCCCAUGAUUAUGUUUUCUGGUGUGGGGACUUUAACUAUCGCAUCAACCUGCCAAAUGAGGAGGUAAAAGAGCUGAUCAGGCAGCAGAACUGGGAUUCUCUCAUUGCUGGGGACCAGCUUGUGGAACAGAAGAAUGCAGGCAAUGUAUUCAAGGGCUUUAUUGAAGGAAAGUUGGAUUUUGCACCUACCUACAAAUAUGAUCUUUUUUCUGAUGACUAUGACACGAGUGAGAAAUGCCGUACACCUGCAUGGACCGAUCGGGUGCUCUGGAAGAGGAGAAAAUGGAACUUUCAUAAGAUUGCUGAGGAGUUGGGGCUGAAUGUAGUAGGAGCUCCAGUAGAAGAGGAAGACCUGCACAUGUGGGCCCCUGGUGAACUAAAGUACUACAGCAGAGCUGAGCUCAAGACCUCAGACCACAGGCCCGUGGUGGCUCUCAUUGAUGUGGAUGUUCUUGAAGUGGACCCAGAAGCACGGCAUCAGGUGUACAAAGAUGUGAUCGCCCUGCAAGGUCCACCUGAUGGCACUAUACUAGUGUCUCUGUGCAGUUCAGGCCCUGAUGAUUACUUCGAUGAUGCUCUGAUAGACGAGCUGCUGGACAAGUUUGCUAACUGUGGCGAAGUCAUUCUGAUCAGGUUUGUGGAGGAAAAGAUGUGGGUGACAUUUUUGGAAGGAUACUCAGCCCUGGCUGCACUUCACUACAGUGCCUCCACUGUGCUGGGGAAGACCAUAGACAUCCAGCUGAAGAGCAAUGGCUGGAUUAAAAGUCUGGAAGAGGAGAUGAGUGUGGAGAGGAUCUGUGGCAGCAUCCCCACCUCGGCAAGCUCCACACUGCUCGCAGAGGAUAAUGAAAUGGGAGACGAGUUUGACAUGGAGGGCGAUGUGGAUGAGGAGGUGGAGAAUAUUCUUCCGCAGCACCUGCAGCCUGGGGCUGGUAUGGAUGUUGGUAUUUCCCCAUUACCUUCACCACGCUCAAGCCCAUGCUCCUCACCGACUCACGGAGAACCCGCACCUCCCUGCAGGCCGAGCAGAGCUUUUCCGCGCACAGCCGGACCCCCACAAGGCGAUCUCAGUCCGAUCACAUGUAGGAGGGAGCAGGAAGUUAUUCCAAUGGAAAGUCAAAUGCUAGGAGCUUCAUCACAAGGACUGGAACCGAAACGCCCUCCUCCCCCACGACCCAAUGCUCCGCCUGCCAGACCUGCACCUCCACAGCGCCCCCCACCCCCGUCAGGACAAAAAAGCCCUGCUUUACCCAGAGCAGAUGUUGCUGGACGAGGCCAGUCUACAGGAGCUCCGGGUAGUUCAAGGCCGAAUAUCCCCCCAAGGGCAGGUGUUAUCAGUGUGCCUCCACAAUCCAGACCACCACCUCCUGCCCACCCUGGAGCUCCCAGGCCCAUAGCUGAGGUUCACCCAGGAGCCCCGAGACCCACCCCAGAUAACCACCCUGGAGCCCCAAGACCUGUCUUAAACACACAAAACAAACCAGCAGAGCUCCCUCUGGGACCUCCUCCCUCAUUGCCUGGCCCAAUGAGGCCUCAGAUGGUCUCUCCAGCGCAGCCUCCGGCCAUGUCUCCCAUCCGGCCACCAAUACAGUCCACGCUUCCUACACCCAUGGUACCCACACUGCCCCCACCCAUGGUACCUACGCUUCCCCCACCUAUGGUGCCAACAGCGGCAGCACCUCUGCAGGCUCAACCAGCUGCUACAAGAACCAUUGCAGCCAUGCCACCUCAGCCUGGCCUGGCAUCACCCAAACCACCGCCCCGUAGCCGCUCUUCACAUGCUCUGCCACCAGAGGCUGCUCCUGCUACUGCUCCUUCUCCUGAGUCUCAGACAAAUGGAACAAAUGGAAUCCAAAGAGAAGCACAGUUGAAAAUGAACCCCUUUGACCCGCUCACCUCUGACCUGUUCUCCUCUACUCCCUACUUAAACAACCAGUCCCUGUCAAGGAGCUCUUCACAUCACAGCUCCUUCCACUCAACAAGUUCACGGUCUCUUAAUUCUACUCCAGUUCCUCUGUUUUCCCACCAUAACCAAAUGCUGACCCCUGACCCCAUGCAAGCAUUGCUGGCCCCGCCUCCUCCUUCCCGCAGCCGCUCACAGGAAACCCUCCCGGUCUUCUCGAACCCCUUUUUGUCUGAUGUCCAGUCUAAACCCAAGAACGCCAACCCAUUUGCUAGCACCAUGACGUCACCACAGAGUCGCUCACUCACACCUGAUUUUGACAAGCCGGGCCUCCACAGUGCUGCAUCUGCCCUCUGCCAUACUUCAACUCUGCCGUCCUCCUUUUCCAGACCAGCUCCUCUGGCUUCUGCUCCACCUCCACACAAAGUCCAGCAAUGGGUGACCUUUGAUGAAGAUUCAGACUAUAUGAGUUCAGGAAAUCCUCCAGCAUCAACUGCAAUGAUUAAGCCUCCACUGCUUCCUUUGUCUGCUGCUACUACUACAUUCCAGCAGCCCCAAAGCAGCUUCUCCACUUCUGUGUUUGACUCUAACAGUAACUGGGCUUCCCUUACCACAUCUGCAUUGCCGGCACUGCCCCCUCCUCUGCCAGACAGGACUAACCCUAACACAACCCCAAGAAACCCCUUAAUCCCUGAGUUCAUGGAAAGAUAAUAUAUAUUGUAAUGUUCUACUGAAGUUGAGAGGUGUGUGUGUGUGUGUUGGGGGGGGGGGGGUUAUAGUAGAAAUUCCUUAUUUAUGUGUGUGAUUUGUACACAAGUGUGCUGUUCAAGUCAUGACUCUCUGCAACGGCUUAAUCAACCACUCAACCCGGAGCAGUCCUGGAUUAAAUUUGAUCAUUCUCAAGCUUCUCACAUAUUUAGAUAUACACCUACACACAACUGUGUGUGAAACUCUUGUGCAAUAUCUUAUUUUUCUUCACUCAGAUGCUUAUCAAAUAUGAUUGCUUUUACUCAUUUUUUUUACUACUUUCUUGUCUGGUUGUGCAGCAUUUUAAAGUGAUUGCAAGCUGCAAAAACAUGUCUCUUGGAUGCACAGUAUGUCAUUUAGAUCAUUGUGUAGAGAGAGUUAUUAGACCUUUUAAUAUAGCCUCUGAAAUUUUAACUACAGCACAUAGUGACUCUGUAAGCCCUUGCUAUGGUUUCUCUAAUUAUGAAUGAAUGUCCGGUCUGUUUUAGGUUUAAUGUCUGUAUUUUUUCCCCCAAAGUGAUGCAUAUCUGUGUAACACUGAUCAUUUCUCUACACAGGCCCACUUUUAUUUCCUCUCUAGAUCAACAUGCUCAAGUAUAGAAGUUGUGGAUGUAUGUAUUGCGUAGCUUCGGUGUGGUUUAAAAAAUGUACAAUAGUCUUAAAUUUGUGUAUAUAUAUAUAUAUAUUAUAUAUUUGCUUGUAAUAUGUACCUGCCAUACUGAUAUUGCACUGAAAUGCUCUUGUUCGUUAGGUCUUCAGAUGUACUUUGAAGCCAGAGUUUUGAGUUUUCAGGUUCGAGAAAGCAGAAAGCAUCUGUCUAGUGGCAUGAGUGCAGAGCCCCUCCCCUCUGCCCUAAACCCGAGUGUGUGUUCUCUCACUUCUGUCUCGUAUAAUCCGAAGCGUUCAACAGAACUGCUGUGCAUUUAAUGAAUGUGCUUAUUUUAGUGAGUUCUGGUGUUAGUCUUUGAUGCCAAGAUCUGCGCCCUUGACCAUCCCAGAAAGCUAUGUGCACUUAAUCUUGCAUUUUUUUCCGUUCACAGUGAGUUGGGACUUCACUUUCAAUUUCACUGGGAAUGUGGUUCUUUCUGUUCUUUGUUUUAGGAAAUAAUAUACCUUGUCUUUGCAGCCGCUCUCUCUCUCUUUGCAUAUAUGCACUGUGUAUGUCUGCUGAUAGGGGUGAGGUUUUUAUUUGUUGUUGUUUUUUAAAGAUUACCUAGCAGUUUGACUUUGUGUGAAUCCACUAAGAACAAAUCAAGCAGCGCCUCUAAGCAUGUUUUAAACACGCACAGUAGGAAAAUCUGUCAGUUACAUGGAAUUAGUAUUUAUCUUAUUGAUACCUAGUGUUGUCGGUUACCUUCACUGUGCAGAUCGUGUCAUCACCGGUUUGGAAGUCAUAUCACUUUCUGUGCAUUCCAUACUGUAUUAUAUGUAUUGUUUUGAUCUGGUGAUUUGCUCUUGAUAGUUUCCUGGCAUAUUUUACUUGUGCAGUGUUUCGUUACACCACAUUCAUUCUUUGUUGAAGUGUUGGUGUUGGUACUGCUCUCUUUUCAUUGUUCACAUUUCAGUCGUUCUUUAGUUACCUUUUGGCUGAAUAACCGAAUACUUGUAAUUCUUAACCUGUGACAUUCAAAUCAAGAGGGCAUUCUGUGGAGAAGAAAUGGUGUCAAUCUGACUGGAGACAAGCAAGCCACUUCAUUUUGACAUUCAGUUUUGUCUGAAAUGUUGUGACAUAUCAUUUCCUUUCAGUAUGAUCCUGUUCAUGUUUUCCGUUGCAUAUGGAGGGCUUUCUUACUGACUGGACAUAAAGUCAUGCAGGUACACCAGAUAGGCUACAGAAACUGUAUCUAUAAAGCAGAUGUUGUUUGCACACUGUACUCUACACUUUUUUGUAAAGAAUGUAGAAAUUGCAAAACUUGAAUAUUAUCAUUAAGCAACCUAAGAGAAAGGAGAUUCCCAUUAUUAAAUCAGUUCUAAAUCGAAUCCCCUCUUAAAUAUGACUGACUGGUCAUUUUUAUCUUUGUUUUAUUUCAGCUAUUGGAAAUAUUGUAACCACUGGAAAAUUCUAGCAUUACAUGUACUGUUCAGUUGUAUACCAGCUAAUAAUCAAAUCAGAUUAAAUCAAGUCAUGCAAAUAUGUAACUAAUAACUCAUUUUGUGAUGGUGACGUUAAAAGGUUUCGCUCAGUAGUAGAGAUCCUUGUGUUGUUAACCGUAACUAUACAGUAAGUAUACACACAAAUCAUGACUACAGUUUAGUCAUUUGUAUUCAACCUGUGAUUUAAGUUCAUAUCAAAUUGCACAAAUCUAUGGAGUUAUUGAUGUUGUACGUAUGCAAUAAUAAAUGUAAAUGUAUUAAUGUAAA